AGCAUUUUGACCGCGUGGAGGAACGGAACACGUUUCUCUCGUCCGUACAGCGGCGUUCGCGAUCGGCUUGCUCUCGCGCUCGCCAGUCGAGCCGUGUAUCACUGCGCGUGAAUCACUCGGAUUCGAGUCAAGUUCGCUGCGGAAUCUGGAUUUGGCCGAGUACUUCCUGUGAUCGGAGCUAAUAAUUACAUCAAGACGUCGUGGGAUACGUUUGAACAAAAAACAACUUUAUAAACUGAGAGAUAGAGACAGACAGUAACAAGGAUGCUAUAAAAGUGCACGUACACCUUACGCAACAGACAACUUCAAUAAGCACGCGACAAUACACAUUCGAACGAAAAUUGCCGUGGGGACAAGUCUGUGGCGUCAUCAGAUUCUUGCGUCAAGAAAAAGUAUCAAUUUGAGAUAGUCCAGGUCAUCAAGGUUUUGCAGACUAUUGUGCAAUAGCUUAUUUUAUAUUGCAUUAUAAAAGUUGAACUUGGAGCGGCUUCACGGAUAACCUCCCUCUCACUCUUUCUUCGAAUUUCUACAUGGACAUGCAGCAUCAAAUGAGCACCUUGACAUAGUGGAUCGCUGAAUAAUCAGGAAAAUCAAAGAAACCUGAAAAAAGCGGUUGGCGCGACUUUGCUGACAACUUGAAAACUUGAAUGACGAACAUAGUGCAACGCGGAUCGACGAAGUGAGCGAAUCCUCGAGAUUUAAGCUGUGCGCGACAAAGAUAAUCGAGAGUAAGGCCGAAACAAUGUGUCAACGAGCAGUGCUAAUCAAUCUACCCAAAUCGGGCUCGUUGGACAUCGAGUUCAACAAUCUCAACUACGCAGUAUCGACUGGGUUUCGAAAACCGAAGAAAGAAAUCCUACGCGGAGUGGACGGACUAUUCAAAUCAGGCGAAUUGACUGCCAUUAUGGGCCCAUCGGGUGCCGGCAAGUCGUCCUUGCUGAACAUUCUCACAGGGCUACAGAAGUGCGGCGUGACGGGCAGCAUAAAGUUCCGUUCAAAGCACGGUGAUCGCGAUUGGAAUCAGUACAAGAAGGAGUCCUGUUACAUCCAGCAAGACGACAUGCUACAUCCACUGUUUACCGUGCAGGAGGUCAUGAUGAUGGCCGCGGACCUGAAACUCGGCAACAAUCUCAGUCGCAAAGCCAAGCACAUGGUCAUCGACGAUGUUCUCGAGAUUCUCGACUUGACGAAGACGAAGGAAACGCGAUGUGACAGGCUGAGCGGUGGCCAGAGGAAACGACUUAGCGUAGCUUUGGAGUUGGUGGACAAUCCGCCGGUGAUGUUCCUCGACGAGCCGACCACUGGCCUCGACUCGUCAGCCUCGCUUCAAUGCGUGGCGAUGCUUCAGAACCUCGCCAAAGAUGGGCGGACCAUCAUUUGCACGAUUCACCAGCCCAGUGCCACGAUCUACGAGAUGUUCGAUCACGUUUAUCUGCUGGCUGAAGGUCGCUGUGUCUACCAAGGCGACGCUAAGAAUACCGUGAAUUACUUCAAGAAACUCGAGCUCGUUUGCCCGAUGUACCACAAUCCAGCUGACUUCAUGAUCGAGGUUGUGAGUAAGGAGUACGGCGACUUCAACGAGAAGCUCGCCGUUGCUGCGACAGAUCGAUCGUGGAGAGCGACUACACCUGACAAGAGCAUCCUCUGCCAGCCGGACGGCAUCAUGAAGUACAGCUCUGAGGGCAAAGCCACUGUGCUGAUCAGUCCACCUUCCGAGUUUUCGAGGUUCUGGGUACUACUACGGCGCUGUAUGAUCCAACUCUUCCGAGACUGGACGGUCACUCAUCUCAAGCUCCUGGUACACGUACUCGUCGCAAUCCUGCUAGGAUUGCUUUACGUUGACGCAGGCUCUGACGGCUCGAAAACCAUCAGCAACGUGUGCUUCUUCCUGGUGAACUCCGUCUACAUCUGCUAUACGAGCCUCAUGCCCGCGGUACUCAAGUUUCCCUCGGAACUGCCAGUAUUGAGGAAGGAACGUUUCAAUAAUUGGUACAAACUGUCCACCUACUACGCGGCCUUCCUCGUCUCCAACAUUCCCGUUCAGGUGAUGUUCGUGGUCGUCUACACCGCUACCGCUUACUUUAUGAGUAGUCAACCACCGGAUUUGCACCGUUUCCUGAUGUUCCUUGCCAUAACGGUACUCGUGGCACUAAUUGCUGAGGGUUUCGGUUUGUUCCUUGGUACCACGGUCAAUCCCAUCAACGGUACCUUCUUAGGCGCAAUAACAACCUGCGCUGCCCUCGUAUUUGCUGGUUUCCUCGUGCUCUUCAAUCACAUGCCCAGAUUCAUGUACUGGCUGACCUACACUAGUUAUUUGAGGUACGCCUUGGAAGCGAUGGUUCAAGCGAUUUAUGGAUUUAACAGGCCGAACUUACCCUGCCCGGUGGAUGAUGACAUGACUGACAUGACUUAUUGUCAAUUCCGAAUGCCCAAGGCCAUUAUCAAAGAGUUGGCUAUGACUGAUGUCGAUUAUUGGUUCAAUUUCACAAUACUUUUUGUUCACUUCGUGGUACUGCGUUUCGUUGCUUAUGCCACGCUCAAGAGAAAAUUGUCAUCCAUCUGAUUAGCCUACCAGAUCUCAUCGGUAUACAACAUUACAGAUCUGAUUGAAAUGUGACAAGAAGACCAGUGCAGAACGAUAUAUCUGCAUACACAAUAAUUUUAUUAAAAGAAUUGAAAUUGCAGAAUCAAAUAAUCUCGAAACCAAGGAAAAAAAAGUCAGUGGAAUGACUUUGCGAAAGGAAGAAAUUGGACAAGCAUGGUAUUUUCAAUAGGAACUUAAUUUAUUGCUUCAGUUCCCAUGUAAUGCGUAAGUUACAAGAUAGAAUUAGGCGCACGCUGACGCAAAAGAAUGCUAAAAGUAAAGAAAACAAAAAAAAACAGACGAUGCCUGGCAAAAACAGGUUCAAGAGUUGUAGCAUUAAGUUUGUUGCGCGAACACAGAAAGGCAACAUGAUCGUCGAAAACAUUACGUAAAUCGGAAAUUCAAUCUAGAAUACCUAUUUCCAGACAAUUUUUACAAUUGAACGAAAUUUACCAUUGCGUUAUCGAAUUUGGUAGCUAAUUUCUUUUUUCUAUCUAAAGUACACGAGUAGUAUUUCACGCACUUAACAGUGCCACAAUUUUUAAAACGUACAGGCACUCAAAAUUGUAUUUUUUUUUAAAUUACGUUCUUGAAACCUAUCUGCGGCGAAGCCUUGACCCUCAUGCGACAUUGAACAAAAAUUUAAAUAGAAAGGACCUACAAUUUUUUUGACUUUGGCAAUGAUCGUAAAAUUUUACGAUGUGGUAGCGCAUUCAAUAGACUACGGUGUACUUUUAAUGAAAAGAUGUGGCAUUCCAAACGCUCAAUUAUUUAAGCGACGUCACGGAACCGCAGUUUCUUUUGUUCUUGCGCGAUAGUAUUUUUUUAAUCGGUCAUUGGAACGAUUUGGUCGAUGCAUUUAUGUGCCGAAUAUCAAAUGGGGGAUUUAUGCCAUCCGUUGAAAAGUGUAUUCUGAUCGACAGACGAGUUUUUAAUUUUACAAGUGAUGAUAAAUAACGAUUAGUACAUGAGUCAUUAGAAUUGCAAAUACUAUUAUCGCAGUGAUUUUUCCUUCUUACUCUGUGACUAUAAAUCACUUAUGUUUAACGUUUAUUCUGCCGAUCGUAUGUUCAUGUCACUUUUAAGUAAGUCAAUUGAUAAUUAGUAGAAUAUGUCAAAAAAAUGUUGUAUUAUAUUAAUUAAAAUAAUAAAUAAUUUUUAGGGAUAAGGUUUCCAUGUGAUAGUUUCAUUUGGGUCUAUUAAAAUUGAAAGUAGAUGCUUGCAUGUCGUUUUGUCGAAUCCAUGACGAUGAUAAAAAAAUUUGUGAAAACACGAAUAUUUAUUAUACUACGCCUAGAAAAUAAUUAUCAUCAUGACACGAACGCCGUCUGUUUGUAAUUUAAUUUUUAUUUUCUUGCGGCAGUGACUAACAAAAAAAACGCAAAUGUCACUUGAGAAAAAAUAUGUCUACAUUGAGAACAUUUCUUCGCAAAACAAAUAACACUAUGAAUUUCAAAAGAAGCGGUCAAACAAGUUUAAUCAUUUUUAUAAGGUAACAAGGAAGUGUGGCGCUGCAAGGUUAAAAACACGCUUAAUCGUUAAUAUUAUAGCACGUGUAUUUCUAGAACAUUAGUAUAAUGAGAAUUUUUUCUCAAAAAAUUGACAAUAAAUUCGCGCCGUAAGGAUAAGCAUGUUAAAAUAAAUAAACUAGACACGGGAACGUUUGUGAACUUGGACUAAUUUUUUUCAUUUCAAGCUCACGUUUGUCGAGUGAAAAACGUUUAAAGAGGAUGCUUCUUAUGUUAAUUGUAUGUGCGUACGUGUUUUAAUCAACGAAGAUACUCUUGUAAUAUGUUGUAUGUGGCAUUAAUUAAUUGUAGGUCAGACAGAAAAUAUAUAUACAUAAGUCAGACAUAAGGAAAAUUGAAAGUAAAAAGCGAAAUUUAUGAACUUCAAGCCGUAUUUUUAGGCCAACACUGCUUCUCGAUGUGUAAAUUUUUGUACGAAAGCGUAGAAUUUAUUGCACUGCAUUUAUUAAUUUUUUGUAGACUAGAAAAUAUCAUUCACGAAUGAGAUGGGUUUGUUGUAAUUCGAGUAUUUGAAAAAUUGAACAGCUUUUCAUCUUGAUUAUUUUCCUAUUCUACAUUCAAAGUAGACAAGCAACUCAAUUUUUUAAAUCGUAUGAUUGACGAACAUUAAGCAUUGUUAUAACGAAAAAAAUUGAGGGUACGUUUAUUUAGACGACUUCAUGGUACUUGCAAUUGGGCAACGCACUUUACCUAAACAAGUAAUCUCCUUAUCUCAUUUUCUUCGUAGCAUUAAUUAGUUGCGGAGUAUCGAAGCCAACGAUACUAUCAUAGGUUAUAGGUUGUGCAGGUAUACCUCGUUAACAUAUAAUUAUGUCGCGAUUAACGUUUUUCAAUACGUAAGCAUAUAAACUGCUGCUGAAUAAAUAAAGAUUUUUGUCACUUUUCGCUACAAGAAGUUACAUGCGGGUAUUGUAGUAGAUUAGAAGAAUCUCGUCACUUGUUAAAAAUAUUCGGAUGACAACUAAUUGUCAAAUAUAGAUUUUAAUAUCAACGAAAUGUAACACCAAAAUAUAUAAAACUGUUAACUCAAGGCAACAAAUUUGCAUACAAUGAACUGAGUAAAAAAAAGAAUUUCAAUUAUAUAAUCGUUUAAUCGAACAAAGGUCAAAUAUUGCCUGAGUAUGUGCAUGAUUUCAAUCAAACUUUUUUACGAUCUCAACAUUCGAAUCAACAAAUUAUUAACUAAUUCGUAAUGUAAUAAAAUAAGAUAAUCAAGGGAAGAUAUACUGCGAGAAAAUUGUUAGUACGUAUGUGUUUAGUCAAUUGUUAUAGUUUUCUGAAUCAUAAAAUAGUUCGGUGAAGUAAUCAUGUUUCUCUACAUUUAGAAAUGUAUAUUAGUAUUUUUUAUAAGGUGAAACGGUGAUGUAUAUACAACACGUACAUAUAUGUGAAUUUACAAUGUUGAAUAAAAAGUUUUAUAU